AUGCUUUUUGAGAUGGCACUGGCAACAAUGAUUGAUCAAGAAAACAUGACGUUCAAUCCUGCAAAUUUGCAUUCUUCAAAGAUACCAUUUCCAAAAUUAUCAUCUAUUGAAAGUGAAUAUUUUGUAUAUCAUCAGGCUGAUCUGUUCUCUCAGAGUUUCUCAGCUAUUGAGGGCAUUCGCUGUAUGGGAAAACUAUGUGAUGUUACACUGAAGGUAGAAAAUAUGUCCUUUAGUGCCCAUCGUUUAGUGUUAGCUGCUACAGUACCGUAUUUUAAUGCUAUGUUUACGCACAACAUGAUUGAAAGUACUCAGAAAGAUAUUGUGAUGCAUGGAAUUGAUCCUGAAGCAUUGGAAGCAUUGAUAAACUUUGCAUACAGUGGUCGAAUAUCAAUAAAUGUUAAUAAUGUUCAGUCACUAUUAAUUGGAGCCUCAUUUUUGCAGUUGAAAUUUGUGCGAAAUGCAUGUACAACAUUCAUUAAAGAAAGGUUUCAUCUAAAUAAUAUUUUAAAAGUACGUUCAUUAGCUGAUUCAUUAGGAUGCUUUGAUCUAUUGACUGAUGCUAAUAGAUAUAUAGCUCAGAAUUUUCGUGAUAUUUCAUUGUCUGAAGAUUUCUUGAAUCUUAGUAUUUUUGAAAUAAUAGAUAUAAUCAAUAAAGAUGAAUUACAAGCAUCUGAAGAACAGGUAUUUGAAGCAGCUAUUCGCUGGGUAAAACAAGGAGAAUUGAGACAAGAAUGUUUUCCUCAGUUGCUCGCUGCUGUAAGAUUGCCAUUACUUUCACCUCAUUACUUGGCUGAUCGAGUUGCUACUGAAGAAUUAAUUAGAUCAUCUCACGAAUGCAGAGAUCUAUUAGAUGAAGCUAAAGACUAUCAUUUAAUGCCUGAAAGACGAAUUUUGUUACAAAGUUUUCGUACUAAACCUCGCUGUGUCAGUUAUAUUCGUGGGCACAUAUUUGCAGUUGGUGGUCUUACAAAAUCAGGUGAUUCAUUAAGUACUGUUGAAGUCUAUAAUCCCUUGACCGAACGAUGGGAGCUUGCAGAAGCCAUGAGUAUAUUACGUAGUAGAGUUGGAGUAGCUGUACUAAAUAACAAAUUAUAUGCGUUUGGAGGUUAUAAUGGAAUUGAAAGACUUUCUUCAGUAGAAGUAUUUGAUCCUAUGACAAAAUCUUGGAGUAUAGUUUCACCUAUGCAUCGUAGGCGCAGUGCCCUUGGAGCAGCUGCUCUUAAUGAUCGACUUUAUGUGUGUGGAGGAUUUGAUGGAGUCACUUCAUUAAAUAUUGUUGAAUGUUAUCAGCCUGAUUUAGAUCGCUGGACAAUCAUUACACCAAUGCAAAAACAUCGAAGUGCUGGUGGCGUGGUUGCAUUUGAUGGUUAUAUUUAUAUUCUUGGAGGUCACGAUGGUCUAAGUAUUUUUGAUUCAGUUGAACGGUAUGAUACAUAUACAGGUCAAUGGAUGACUGUAACACCAAUGUUAAUAAAACGUUGUCGCUUAGGAGUGGCCACGUUGAAUGGUAAACUUUAUGCAUGUGGUGGAUAUGAUGGAUCAACAUUUUUACAAACUGUUGAAGAAUAUGAUCCUCAGACUGACAAGUGGAGAUUUGUGGCUUCUAUGAAUGUGACAAGAAGCCGUGUGGCAUUAGUGGCUAAUGCUGGAAAAUUGUGGGCUAUUGGUGGAUAUGAUGGAUUUUUGAAUCUGCCCACUGUUGAAGUAUAUGACCCAAAAGUUGAUUGUUGGACAUUAGCGGCUUCUAUGUGUGCCCAUGAAGGUGGAGUUGGAGUCGGUGUCAUACCCAUUCAAGAGCCUGAAGUUCCAUGAAUAUUUGUCUGUUGUGGUUAAUACAAUAAUAACAUUACCAUCUAUUAUAUCGCAAUGUGAGCGGUAGGAUAGAUAGCAUUUAUAAUAUGUAAAAAUGAAAACAAUCUUAUAAAUUAUAUUAUUUAUGUUGACUGAUCAUUUUUAUGACAUUUUGGAAGACAAUAUCACUGUGCAACUAUAAUCGUUUAUCAAAGACUCAUUCCAAAUAGGAUGCCAGGUGAUAUGAAAAAACUUGUAUUCAUCUUAAAACAUGUGUGUUAAAAAAAAGUUUGUGUUUCAUAGCCUUUGAAAAUAUUCAAAUUGUUUCACUGCUUGCUAGUAAUUCAAUAUUGUUUCUUACUGGGUUUUACUUAGUCAAACCUUUUUCUGUAUACAAUAUAAGUUUUUACUUUUUAUCCUGUGAUAUAUUUCUGUUUAUUUCACUCCUAUAUUGUGUUACUUUUUGAUGUACAAUUUUUUGAAUGAUAAAUGUAAAUUAGACAUA